AGAGAGGUGAACCCCUGUGCGGAACGCUAAAAUCUGUCUCUCUGCUUCCUCUUCUUCGUCCGUUCUCCUCCACCUCCUCCUGUGAAGCCCCGUCGAAAGAGAAAUCCAGAAGGGGAAUAGAAGUUUAUUAUUAUAUCUAUAUCUAUCGUAUAUAUACAUAUACAGAGAGAGAAGGAGGGAGUAGAGAGGCAGAAUAAUGUCGAAGAAGAAGGCUUCGGGAGGCUCCACAACCACCAUGACGCUCAAGGACUUCCAUGGCGGCUCCAUCCCUUCCGAUCUCCGUCUCCCUUCUGCUCCUGGCCUAAUUGUGAGGCCUUCGGACCGGCAGGGGUCUUGGGGAAACCCUAUUGGGAGAUCCGAUCAUCGGCUACUGCGGCCUGGGUCAGCGGGGGCGGCGAGGAGUACUUUUGAUGAUAAGGCCCCGUUUCUCACUCCAGGCGCGCGUAUUGGCCGGAAUUUCGAUGAGGAUGAGCGGAAGCCAUUGGAUGGCGGGUCGGGUCCCCGCAGGACAGUGAGUGAGGAGAGUAUUCGUGUAAUGCCAACACGGGGGGAGUCGAAACCUGAUUACUCAUGUUCAGGGAGAUUGCCUAGCCGACAGGCUUCAGUGUCUCAGCUAUCUAGUGGUGGUCCGGGUUCUUAUGCUGGGAGGGUUGCGGAAGCAAGUCCGAUUGGGGGCAAUUCUCAGAACUUUGGUGGCAAUACUGCUAGUCAGCCUUCUGGGGCACACCCAAAUGCGUGGGCUAUGAGGAAGGAAGUGGUGAGUCCCACUGAGCCGUUGCCUGCUGCAUUAUCAAGUCUGAAUGCUGCCUCUAAGUUAGCUCAUGCCAGUGCCCUUGAGAAGGUUUCAUCAGGGAGAUGGCAGUCUAAGCAGUCAGUCCAUCAUCCAACAGAUGUUGAGGCCAUUAGACAUAAUGCGACGGAGAGUGAAUUUCACUCCAAAGGUGAAAGUUUUUAUGGUAACAGCAGCCUCCACAUGAGGGAUUCGGCAGGUAGUUUGGAAUAUCAUGAUGCGAUGUUGGUAAGGCAUGCUGAAAAGAGUUUGACCAUUGAUGAUGGUAUGCGGAGUGGUGGCAGGGAGCUGCCAACCUAUGAGCGGGCAAGGUCUCCUAUGUACUCAAAAACAAUAGAGAGUAAACCUACAAGUCACACUGAUAGGUUUCAACCGCCCCAUAAUGGCAGCAAAUUUGGUGGAUUGGAAUUGCCAUCACCGGUGCCUUCAGACCAAUCAGAAUGUCCCAAGUUGAAACUGCUACCAAGGUCCAAGCCAUUGGAGGGUUCUGAAUCAAAUCUUGAUUAUAAGCAGCCACGUAAUUCUGAUCACCGGGAAAAUGUUGCUGAACCCUAUGGAAAUGCAAAUACCACAAAGUCUGGACUAUCUGGAGCUGACAAUGGAAAUCAAACUGUUGAACGACCAAAGUUGAAUUUAAAGCCAAGGUCUCAGCCUCUUGAACAAUUGGAAGGAAAUACUGAAAGAGAAAGGAACAGUGUGUUUGGUGGUGCUCGCCCACGUGAAUUGGUUCUGAAGGAUCGGGGUGUUGACGACGUCAUUGUCAAUGAUCAUGAUGGAGUUCAACCUCCUGAUAGGAUCAAGCGAGAUGUUCCCAGAACUGAAACGGUACCUACACAUGCAAUGCCCACCCGCUAUAAUGAAAAAGCAGAUAACACUCCGGUUGAUAAUAGGAUCAGAAAGAAUAAUGAUAGGCGGGAUAACAGAGUAGAUGCUGAGAAGACCGAUAACCAGAGGAGGAACUGGCGAAGCGAGAAUUGGAGGACCAAUAGGGAAAUUGAGAAGCACCAGCAGCCACAGCAGCAGCCACAGGAGAGGCCUCCUUCACCAGAGACAUGGCGCAGGCCGGCUGAGCAGCCAAAACCAGUCUCAUCUGACUCUCCCGGACUGCGUUAUGGUAAAACAGCUUCAGCAGUUGAGCUUGCAUGUGCUUUCUCAAAGUCAGUUUCAGAUCCCAAGGCUGCUGAGAGAUUUCAUCCCCAUAGGGGCACUCCCGGCCGCGGCGCCCAGAUGCCUUUCUCUCGGCUCAUGGAUACGAACUCCAGGCCUCAGAUUAAUGGUUACUGAUUUUUGCAUGUUGGUUUAGAUGUCACCCACCUGCAGAUAGAAGAGAGAGAGAGAGAGAGUGUGGUUAAGCUGGUGGAAGAUCACUCGUUUUAGAAGCUGUGGGGAUGUGCUGCUGCCUGCAGUGAGGAGCGCGUAUACCUGCAACGUGGUAUCCGAAUUUCACGCUUCUUUCUCAGCCUGCACCCGCGCCAUCACCAAAAAUUGGAAAAGGAAACAAAUAAAUAAAAACUGCUUGGCCUGUUUGGCCAGCAGCAAUGGCAUUCGAAAUUUCUGAAUUCAUUCAGACAAACUAAUUUGAUGUUGCCACUUGCCAACAGGAUGUGAUAAACUUAGCCCUUGGUUUGUGUUUGUUAUACAGAUUAUGAACUAAUUUGGUCUUUUGUCACAUUCUUAUUCUAGUGGUUACAGUUUUUGAAGCCAUAGCUGUCUGGAUUUCAGUUCAAUUCAGACACAGUGCAUUGUUGAACGAAUUGUUUCACCUGUUAAAUUGGUGAUUAAGGAGUGUCAUGGUAUAUCUUCUUCAA